AGAGGAGGAGACGAGCAACCCAGCGAGUUGAAGGGCCUGCGAAAAAAAAAAGAAGUCGUUAAAAGAUAACCAAGCAUAUUGGUUUUUAAACGUCAACUUUUAGACUUCGAAAGUGAAUAUCGAAGACUACUUUUGCAAAUUCCUGACCUGGUAAUCCGAUUCAACUGGAGAAACCACCAAGAGGGGCUCCAUGAACAAUGACGGAGGAGGUGAUAGUUAUAGCCAAGUGGGACUACUCGGCUCAGCAGGAACAGGAACUUGACAUCCGGAAAAACGAGCGGCUGUGGCUCCUGGAUGACAGUAAGACCUGGUGGAGGGUGAGGAAUGCCUCCAACCGGACCGGCUACGUACCCUCUAACUAUGUGGAGAGGAAAAACAGCUUAAAGAAGGCCUCGCUGGUGAAAAACAUCAAAGACACACUCGGCCUGGGGAAGACGAAGAGGAAGACGAGUGCCCGCGAUGCCUCGCCAACGCCCAGCACGGACGCAGAGUACCCGUCCAAUGGUGGCGGAGGUAGCAGCGCCGAGCGUAUCUACGACCUCAGCAUCUCAGCCCUGGUCAAGUUCGCCUACACGGCGGAGCGGGAAGACGAGCUGACACUGGUGAAGGGGUCAAGGGUCAUUGUCAUGGAGAAGUGUAGCGACGGCUGGUGGCGAGGGAGUUCUGAAGGUCGAGUAGGCUGGUUCCCCUCUAACUAUGUCCUGGAGGAGGGGGAGGAGGAGGCCGUCUCGGGGGACCUAAGCGGAGGUUACCCAGGACAGGGGGCAGGGUCGGGAGGGGUGACCAAUGGGACCACCAGGGCGCUCCACAGUGUUCAGACGCUGUAUCCCUUCAGCUCUGUCACCGACGAGGAGCUGAACUUUGGAAAGGGCGAGGUGAUGGAGGUGCUGGAGAAACCGGAGAACGACCCUGAGUGGUGGCGGUGUCGGAACGCCCGUGGACAGGUGGGCCUGGUGCCAAAGAACUAUGUGGUUAUCCUUAGCGACGAUCCGGCCCCCGGGGGUGGGUUGGGCUCGGGCUCGGGCCCCCACUCGCCCCAGAUCAACUACACAGGGCCGGCCCGCGUGGGAAAGUUUGCCGGGAAGGACUGGUACUAUGGGGGAGUGACCAGGCAUCAGGCAGAGUGUGCGCUCAACGAGAGAGGAGGUCAGGGAGACUUCCUGGUCAGAGACAGCGAAUCAUCGCCCAGUGAUUUCUCCGUGUCCCUCAAGGCGAUGGGAAAGAACAAGCACUUCAAGGUUGCGCUGGCGGAGGGGGACUACUGUAUCGGCCAGAGACGCUUCAGCAGCAUGGACGAACUGGUGGAGCACUACAAGAAAGCCCCGAUCUUCACCAGCGAACAUGGAGACAAACUCUACCUGGUCAAACCGCUGCUGUGACCACACACAAAUGCUCUCGUUCAUACAUUUGCAUACACACACACACACACUCCGGACCCCGGUGCUCGGCCUGGCAUUACAACAAGCCUUAUUACUGGACUUGCCACUGACUGAUUGAGCACAGCAAUAUCCACAGGUCUGCCCCUGCCCCUUCAAUACAGGAGCUAACAGUCACCAUAAACUCAACAGAAAACAGUUAGCACGGAGAGAGACUCAAAUGGUACAUGUUGGCCACCGUAGCUCAGAUUCCUUUCAGAAUAAUGUCCAGAAGUGUCCAGAGAACAGCUUCAGUAAGGGCCCGUCUGUAAGCACCCGCUCUUUGCCUUGGCUGACAACUCCACCUCCUAGUAAAGCCCUGCCGGUGCCUCUCUGUUUUUGGAGUGAGCACGGAUGGGGAUUUACAGUCAAUGGUUCAUUCACAACAGCUACAUACACUAUGAAAGUGAAUAUUUAAUGUGUUGACAGUGACAUCACAUUAUCACUGGAGACCUUUUGAUUUUGGGGGAAAACAAACGGGAGGAGAGAAACAGCCCUUCUCUUUUUGUUUGUCUCCAGCAGGUCUUGUUGUUUUGUCUGUCGUUAUCGAGUGACCCGUCCCUUGCAGAAAGUAGUAUUACGUUUCCAUAGACUGUUGUACCAGAAAGAAACGCACCACAAAUGGUACUGUACUGUAUUACCAGAUAAGGAAAGGACGCCCUCUGUAGGUGUAUUGUGGAAUGGACACUGUCAGGAAGCUGCGCGUUGAAUGUCCGUGGAUGUAUACCGCCGACCAUGUGCCACACCCUCAUACUGCUCAAAUGUGCCCCUUAACGUUCUCUUCGAGUCCACCGCUUUCCUCAACGUCCGGGUGGAAACGUCGCUGACCGAGGAUGGAGAUUCAAGAGCGAUAGGAAAACGUUUCGUUGGUUGUCUGUUUGCCAAUGAAAGUCUGUUCAAAAUUAGUUUCCUGCUUUUAAAAAUGAAAAACUAUGUCUUAAUGUCACUGAGCACUGUUAUUUAAAUCUUGUUUUCAGCUGUGUUUGUAUAUUUAAAAAGAAGAAUAAGGUGAAUAUUAUAUGAAAUUAGAUACAGCUUAAAGGUUCUGUACUCCAAGACGGUGUGGUGACUGAGGAUUGAAAUACUUUUGUUCAAUUAAAAGUUUUGCCGAAAUAA